UUUGAUAAGACUACUCUAUAAAAUUUAAGAAACGCUAAUGGAAUUAAUUUUGGAGUAUUUUCGAGAUUAUCUAAUUUUAGGAUGGUAGUAAUUAUCCAUAGUUUUAGCAAUAGGAGUAUGAAAUAUGUGGGGCACAAAUUUGUGAGACUGUUCGUCUAUUUUAAGUUAAAAGUAAUACAUUUUAUUUAAUAGUAUCUUAUAAUAAAUGAUUAGGAGAAUGGAAGUAGUUCUCCAUAUAUUCAUCAUUAUAAUCCCAAAAUAGAUAAUCUUUAAAUGUAUUUGUUAUUCGACUUCUACGUGCAAAGAUUAGAUCAUUUAUGAUUCUAAUGUAAGUAUAAUUCUGUGAUGAAGAAUACUUCUCAUAGAGUGCUUUUUUGAUUAUGAAUGCAAAG